AUGCUCAGCCGUUUUGUCGAUUGGCGAUUCCGAAAGCCGAAGGUUGCGCCGAAGCCAGGUAAGGAAGCUUUUAUGUAGUGUUUCAUUGCUUUUGGUCUCUCUUUUUGAUACUUUGAUUGAUUAAAAAGGAAGCUGAUAAUGACAAGACGUGAUUAUUUCCCCAUCAGCUGAGGGCGUAGGAGUCUUUCGAACAUGAAUUUUGGCUUCUGCGUUCAAAUCCUGCCUGAGUCCGCCGAGAAAAGUCCAGAAAAGCUACUUAUUUUUUGUCAACAUAGUUUUCCCUCGUCGUUCUCAUUCAAUUUUUUCUUCGCCGCAAAGACCACUGGUCGUGUUUGCUCCUUCUCUUGCAACGUUGUUCUAACUUGAGAUUUCUGAUAAACCACGGAUUACAACGACAAAAACCUUGGACCAAAUUUUCACUUCGACAUCAGUUUCAAAAAAAAACAAUGACAUUGAUCACAAAAAACCAAUAAAACUGUCAUAGCGAUAGGAUCGUUCUUCUCAUGUGAUACGUGUCUUCUGUACAAACACGAACUGGAAUUCCCCUUUUGCUCUCAUAAGAAUACGCUGAUUUAUUUCUCACUUAUUUUCGAAACAAUUUGAAAAAAGCUUCAAGAAUAGGAAUAAGUUCUUGGAGACGCCGUAAUCCUCUUGUUGCGCUUCUCAUUUUCUUCGAUUGAAGCUCUUCCAGUGCAUUUUGCAAUCUUCGAAGCAUUUCCAUUCCGCUUCAAAUUCCAUUUUGUUACCCUAUUGGUUUCUAGCUUUUUAAUGACCUUCUUCAAAGGUUUUUUUAGUAUAAAAAAAUAAACUACAUUCUAUUUCGAGAAUUUUUUUCGAAUAAAAAUCUUUAGCAAAUAACAAAAUAGUCAGAAUUUUUUUCUCACGCUUCGAGGAAGCGCAUCGAGGUUAUUUGAAAAAAACAAAAUUUUAAUUAACUUCAAAUUUACCUUUGUUUUUUUCAUAAAUGGCCACCAAAUUUUUCAAGAUUUUCACUACCGUGAGAAAAUCUGAUGUGUGAGAAAAAAGUUGUUUUUCCGCGAAUCCUUUAUUUUUUGCCCAUUUCUGUCAAUAACAAUCUCAAGGAUUGUCUAGGCUCGAUAAAUUUGCCUAGAACAUAUCAUCUGAAAAUCAGAAUCUGUAUUGUCUAGCACCGAAAACUCGUUUUUGACUCAUUUUUUCGAAUGACUAACACAGUGUUUUUUUGGAACAAAGAAGACAAAAGGGCCAGAUAACAAGGAAAGACAAAGACGAUUGUAACAGAGCGUACUUCUUGGUGCCUGCGUAAAACGAAGCGCGACGAGAAAUAAAAAGCAAGGCGAAAAGAGGGGAUUUUCUCAGCGGCAAAGAAUAAUUUUAGCGUAAUUGGACAGACGAAUGUUGGCAUAAAUGCUUUGCCGGACGGCCGGUUCCACAUAUCUGCACCCGAAAUGCACCGGUCCAGACCCUUGGCGUCUCGUUUUCCAAUCGAUCGUUGGUGUCCCUUAUUCCUCUGUCCGCUCUUGUAGUGGCCUCGCCGCGUGCGGUUCUUCUCUCCUACCUAACUAUAACGCACCUCUGGCUCCACUUGUACAACUCCAGCUUGUUCCGUUCUUUUUAACGGUAAAAAUGUCAUUAAAACUGUCUUUUUUAGCCUUUUCAAAAGAUAUUUUUCCUCUGAUGGCGUGAAAUUGGCCAAAGAAACGACUUAUGAUGAAAUCAAUAUCAGCUUGUUCUUUUAGUCAAAGUUUCUUCAAUAAUACUUGAAUUGGAAACGAAUUUUUUUCAAUGAAAAGGGCUAAACAUGAUACUUUUAGAGUUUUAACGUGUAUAAUCAAAAAUUCAAGAAAAAAUAUCUUUAAAAUGUAGGUCGGAAACCAAAUUUAUACGUUAAUAACCUCUUUUUUUCAAUCAUACUGAUACCAUUCUUCAGUCAAUUUUUUAGCUUUUUCUAUAAAAAAGUUUUUGGCUUAUUAUUUUUUGGAGUUGAAUGGUGAAAACGUUUUUUAUAAUUUUUGAUCAAGAUUCACCGGUUUUCAGGUUCAUUUUUGAUAAAAUUAAUUGAAUUGCAAUUUCUAACAAAUCUUUACAAGCUUAUUUCAUUUGUUUCUUGAAUACUUCACAAUGAUUUUUUUCAUUUAUUUUAUUUUUUUGGAAGUUUACCCAAACUAGAACAUCACAAAAAAAGGCUAAAAUGCGAAAGAAAUGGAGCGAAAAAAACUGGGGAGUAUAGUUUUUGAAAUGUGAAAAAAAGCAUCAUGCGCUCCAGCGAAGUACCGAAAAGCGUCCCCAAAAUGUUCCGCCUUCUUUGGGAAAAAAGACGCUGCAAAAUUAUGAUUCAUUCAUACUUUUUUCCACAACUUAUUCUUAUCAUUUCAGCCGAAAUGGAGCUUCGUGUCGGCAACAAGUUUCGGUUGGGAAGAAAAAUCGGAAGUGGCUCCUUUGGGGACAUUUAUCUUGGUUCGAACAUUUUAUGGCCUUAUGAUGUUUAAUCUUUGUUUUUUCAGGUCAACAUGUCCAAACCAACGAGGAAGUUGCUGUGAAGCUCGAAUGCGUCAAAUCUCGACAUCCUCAGCUUCACAUCGAAUCCAAACUCUAUCGGGUCAUGCAGGGCGGUAUUGGGAUUCCUGAAGUAAGUCCUGUUUAUAAACUUUUAAAUUUUCAAUGUCUUAAAAAUUCUUUCUUUUUAAGUCAAGUUUUUUUGAAAAAUUUUGCAGAGGUUCUGUUGAUGCAGGAGCCAUAUAUUUUCUGUUGGAGUAUCGAGACUUUUUCGAUAUGUCAAAAAAAUCAAAAAGAUUAAGCUUGAUAUUUCCCUUUUUUUCGUAUGGAAAACUUUUUAAAAAUUAAUAGCACAGAUGAUCGGUAAAACUUUACAGAUUUUCAUAAAUUUUUUUCUGAAACUUAUCAACUGAAAAAGUUACUGCUGCUGAAAUUUAACGGAAAAAAAGAGUUCCAGUAGAUUUUAUAUUUUCUUCCAGAUCCGGUGGUGUGGACUGGAAGGCGAAUACAAUGUGAUGGUCAUGGAGCUUCUGGGUCCAUCUCUCGAGGACUUGUUCACUUUCUGCCAGCGGAAGUUUUCCCUGAAAACCGUGCUUCUUUUGGCUGACCAAAUGGUACUUUUCAACUCAGUAUAAAUUAACAAAGGCUUUUUGGCAUAGUUUUUGGAAAAAGCAAUUGAGCUUUCAUUUUUUCUCAAAUUAAAUGGAAUCGUUUCAGCUUUCGCGAAUCGAGUACAUUCACAUGCGGGAUUAUAUCCACAGGGAUAUCAAGCCGGACAACUUUUUGAUGGGUCUUGGGAAACGGGGAAAUCUUGUAUACGUGAGUAUCUUAAACAUAUUUUUUCGUUUUCAAGAUGGAACUUUCAGAUAAUCGACUUUGGAUUGGCUAAGAAAUACAGAGACAGCAAAAAUCAGCACAUUGGGUACCGUGACAAUAAAAACUUGACGGGCACAGCGCGCUACGCCAGUGUAAACACCCACAAAGGAAUCGGUUCGUUUUGACUUCUUUCGGAGAAAAAAGACAGAAUAUUGCAAUCUUGACACAAGGAAAAAAAGGGAUUAUGAAAUGAGAUUUUUUUCAUUAGGGUAAUCAGGAUCAAAAGAGGAAAGUUCAGAUGAGGUGGAAAACCCUGAAAAAAAAUUUUGAACUACAUUUUGAUUUACGUUUAAAAGUAUGAUAUCGAAGCUAACCUUCAAUGACUUGAAGGUAUCAUCGAAAAAUGAAAAAAAAAGUAAAAUUUAUAGCGACAAGGGCUAUUUGAGGAAUAUCUUGAAUUCAAGAUUAUCUUCAUAAAUUAACUUCAUUCUUAUUCUGAUUUCUUUUCUCUAAUUCUUGGUGUCUUGGUUCAUAUCGUCCCAAAGUUUUGGGAACAUUCACAGAAUAAACCUCCCAUCAUCUCAAACUUUGAACCUUUUUAUUCCUGAGUUUUUUAGAACAAUCUCGCCGCGACGACAUGGAAUCUCUUGGAUACGUCUUCAUGUACUUCAACCGCGGAAGUUUGCCCUGGCAGGGGCUCAAGGCCGUCAACAAGCGCCAGAAGUAUGAACUGAUCUCCGAACGCAAAAUCAGCACCAAAAUUGAAGAUCUGUGCGCUGGAUUCCCUGGUUCGUUGUUUUUUUUUAUUGACCCAAAUGAAAUAGGAGAAAACUAAAAUCAUUAUUUAGUUAUAUGCAAUUUUUGCAAAUAGUUCACGAACAUAAUUUUUCCCCUAUUUUCUAGUUUUUUUCUGUGAUGAAUUAAUCCAUUUUUGAGGUCACAAUGACAAAAUCUUUGAUAUCAAGUUUAGGAACAGUUUGCUUAGAUUUCUAGAAACUUCUGGGAGAAGAUAACUGAAUGAAAGAAAAUUCAAGUUGAUUUUCGUUCUCAAACUGUUUUUUGAAUUUUCAUCCCCACAAGAAACACUUUUCAGAGCCCUUCUGCACGUACCUCAAAUACUGCCGCAGCCUUGGAUUCGAAGACACGCCAGAUUAUUCGCACCUCCGACAGUUGUUCCGAAACUUGUUCCACCGCCACGGCUACGCUUACGACUACGUUUUCGACUGGAACACUUACAAGUGCGUCAUCAUCAGAUCCUCAGACGGCUCUAGUCGUCAAAUAUAAAAAAUAUCUGUUUGUAACUGCGCUUCCGCCAUUCAAUGUUAGGUUGACGACUUCAGGUUGAGAUAAGAAGUUGUAUGUAUUUCAGAAUGCGAAUUUCGUAAGUUUUCGUUACGCCGUCAUCAGGUUCUAGUAUAUUGUGCGGUGUUGUGAACAAUGGUUUUUUUUAACUCCGAGUUUCUUUCCAGCGCAUCUGAACUCAUGGUGGGACUUUUGAAUGAGACUUGGCCUAGUUUUGAUUUUGAACUGAAUUCGGAACCGAAAAAAUCGGCGCAGAAAUCUGAGAAAAUAUCAACGAAAGCUCUAAAUUCUUAACAAAAAGUAUAAGUUUUUCAUAAUUCUAGAAAUAAACUUGAUAACUAAACCAUAAUGGGACUCAGAUAGACAGACAACUUUUAUAACUUCGAAUAAACUUCUGAUGAUUUCCUGUUAUAAGUAAAAAAACGCAAAAGAAACAAUUUAUAGUCUCACUGUGAGUUCUGCAGAUGCUCCUGUUAGGGGCAGAUUUUUCAUUUUUCUUGGUUACUUCUUGCCUUUUUUCUAACUAUCCCGUAGAAUAUCUUUUUUAUGGGUAACCAAUGUUAUUUUUCAGGCGCCGACAGGGAAACUAACCGGUGACAUCAUUGAUGUGUAAGUUUCUUUCUUCCUCUUCUCUCUAAAAUUUGAACAGUUAUAGGUGCGAAACCUAGCAAAAAUUCUAGCUUUCUUUGAUUUCCUAAAGUUUCAGACGGCUUGCAGAAAAUGCAUUGAUCAACUGGAUAUAAACAGAAAAUAUUCCAAUCCUUAUAUUUUUUGAAUAAAUUUUGCGUAUUUUCAAGAUAAAUGAAUUUUAAGCAACCUAUUUUGAAACCAAAAAAAUUUUUACGCUGAUUCCGUUUAAGAGCCCUCAGUCUCAAAAAAUCGAAGCUUUCGCUUCAAAAUCAGAAUUUCGAAAAUAAAAAAAUCUAUCUUGAACAUUUUGCAGUGCUCUUCUGAAAUGUGCAACGGCGUUGAAGAGACACAUCGUCAUUCUGUUAAUUUUUGUAAAUUAUAUCAAGCCAGGUGCGGCCCAACAUUAA